AGAAACACAAGUAUACAACAUUUAUGACUCAUGAUUAAAACAUUUCCCCCUUGCAAAUUGGCAUUGACCGACAACUAAAUAUAUUAAAAUCAUCUUUAAAUUUCAUUUGCCUAUGGGUUACUUUGAUUUUUCCUAGAAUAAACUUUUUGGUUGCAUUAAUGUAUUAGAAGAAUAUUCAAUUCAGCAUGCGUUGUAAUCUAUUUACAGACAUUAAUAUGGGAGAAGUUCAACUUAUUCAAGAUUCCUUGGCGCAGAGAGAUUUUAUUAUUGAAGACUUAAACAACACUUUAAAGCUUCGUAAUGAGGAAUUGACACGACUGAGUUUAGAAGUAUGGGUUUUAGAAACUGGAAAAAAGGCAAUGAUUGAGAAAAUCGAAUCACUGAAGAAGAAGUCGAGAGAAGAAAAAUUAGAGAUGAACAGAAAAAUUAUUGGACUGAAAAACCGUCUUCAACGUGAGUGGUUUGAAAAAACUAAUCUUGAAAACUAUCUAGUAAAAAAGAUCUCGAUGAUGCAACUACCGACUGAACACCAGUUUACUCAAACACAGCAUACACCAUAUUCUAAACACAAGAAUCCUCAACAAUGUCAGACAAAAAAGGCCAGUUCAGAAGAUCUUGGUUUCUCCUUGCAUAAAGAUCAUCCAAAGUUUUUUCAUCCUCAUGCACAGGCAGAAACAGAUGGUUCAGCUGAUCACCCUGAUAAGAUUGAAGAAAAUGGAUCAACUUAUUACCCUGAUAAGAUGGAAGAAGAAGGUUUUAGUAAUCAACAGGAUAAGAUGGAACUGAAUGGUUUAACGGUCUACUCUGAUUAUAUGAUAGAAAUUGGGUCAACUAAUCACCGCGGCAAGAUGGCAGGGGUAGGGAAUGGUUCAGCUGCUUACCCAGAUAAGAUAAAAGAAAAGGGACCAACUGAUCACCUUGACCAGAUGAAAGAAAAGAGCCCAUCUGGUUACCCUGACAAGGUGGAAGGGAAUGGUUCAUUUAAUAAGACGGUAGGGAACUCUUUGACUGAUCAAACUGAUUGGACGGAAGAAAACAGUUGCCCCCCUCCCUCUUUAAAUGGGCCACAGUAUGAGGGUCAGGUCUCUAAUUUAUCAAACGAUACUCAUAUGGUUGAGCUGCAAGUUUUCUGUCCAUCUGAAAGGUUUUGGGGGAAGGAGGGUAAAAACUCAGGAGAAAGCAACACUACGAGUUUUUGUAAACGAAAGAUCAACUGGGAUUCGGAAACAGAAGCUGCAACUGGUAAAAAUAAUUCUGAUCCAUGCUUUCACGAACAAACGAUAUUCAAUUCGUAUAACCUUGAAGCUGACCUGACUGUUAAAAAAGAUCAAAGUCUAGUUUAUAAAAGCACUGAUAUAAGUGGAAAAACUGUAAAGAAAAGAAAAUUGGACGAUGAGGACUUCGUCAACAAAUUUAUAAAUCCAGAAGACCCCAGAUUUUCGGGAGAGAAAAACAUUGAUGCUUAAGUGACUGAAAACAUACAUCUUUUUUUUGGUCAUUUCCUUUUAUUCAUAAUUAUAGAAGUGUAAGUAAAUUGUACUGCACAAUGCACAAUGGAAGCUUUGUGAAUUUGUAAAGGCACAUGUAUACUAAAAUCUCAAAAUUUAUUAUUGACCAUUUUGCCCAUUUAUGACCAAAUUAUAACAAUGAGUUAUAGAAGAACUGAACAUAUUUUAGUAAGAAUGAACAAUAAAAUGGUAAAUCAU